CUCUUUCACGCCAUGGCAGCUCUACGGAGCAGAGGCAACCCUCUUCUCUCAUCAGUCCCAACCUUCCUGACGUGGAGAAGGUUUGGCUUCCGCAGCAUUUGCAGUGGCCGCAUUGGAUUCCUGCCAUCGUCUGAUUCCGGAACCCCAGUUGCCGGCACAAAGGUUCUGGAGACGUUUACAGAAGAGUUUGAGAUUGGGUCUCGUUCAAUUAUCCUGGAAACCGGGAAGAUUGCUCGGUUUGCGAAUGGUGCGGUUGUUAUGGGCAUGGAAGAGACUAAAGUACUCUCAACUGUUGCCUCAGCUAAGGGAGAUGGAGCCAGAGAUUUCUUACCACUCACUGUUGAUUAUCAAGAAAAGCAAUUCGCUCAAGGUUUGAUCCCUACUACAUUCAUGCGAAGGGAGGGUGCUCCUAAGGAACGUGAACUUUUAUGUGGCCGUCUUAUUGACCGACCAAUACGGCCCUUGUUUCCUGCUGGUUUUUACCAUGAAGUCCAGGUAAUGGCAAGUGUUCUUUCAUCUGAUGGGAAGCAAGAUCCAGAUGUGUUGGCAGCUAAUGCUACAUCUGCUGCUCUUAUGCUAUCAGACAUUCCCUGGGGUGGCCCCAUUGGGGUGAUACGUAUAGGGAGGAUAUGUGGGCAAUUUGUCAUUAACCCUAGCAUGGAAGAGAUGAGUGUAAGCGAUCUCAACUUGUUAUAUGCCUGCACACGAGAUAGAACUUUAAUGAUAGAUGUGCAAGCCCGUGAGAUCUCUGAGAGAGAUCUGGAAGCAGGAUUAAGGUUAGCCCAUCCUGAGGCGACAAAAUAUCUAGAACCUCAGAUUAGAUUGGCUGCAAAAGCAGGGAAGCAUAAGAAGGAAUAUAAAUUAUCAAUGCUAUCAGAUACAACCCUUGAGAAAGUCAAGAGCUUGGCAGAAGGGGCAAUAGAAGCUGUUUUUACAGAUCCGACUUAUGGAAAGUUUGAACGUGGAGAAGCCUUAGAUAAUAUUACACAAGAUGUAAAAAGAGUCCUCGAAGAAGAAUGUGAUGAGGAGAGCUUAAAAGUUUUGCCCAAGGCAGUUGACAUGGUGAGGAAAAAGAUUGUUCGUAGAAGGAUAAUUGAGAAAGGAAUCAGAGUUGAUGGUAGACGUCUAGAUGAAGUUAGGCCUUUAUACUGUGAAUCUGGUAAUUUACCAAUAUUGCAUGGAUCAUCGAUUUUUUCUCGUGGAGAUACCCAGGUUCUAUGCACUGUGACACUGGGCUCACCUGGAGACGCUCAGAGAUUGGAUUCUCUGGUUGGUCCAUCCACAAAGCGUUUUAUGCUUCACUAUAGUUUUCCACCAUUCUCAAUUAAUGAAGUUGGUAAACGUGGUGGUUUGAAUAGGCGUGAAGUUGGGCAUGGCACACUUGCGGAGAAAGCUUUGCUUGCCGUGUUACCUCCUGAAGAUGAUUUCCCAUAUACUGUCCGUGUCAAUUCAGAAGUCAUGGCUUCUGAUGGCUCAACUUCAAUGGCGACCGUCUGUGGAGGAAGUAUGGCUUUGAUGGAUGCUGGUAUUCCAGUAAGAGAACAUGUAGCAGGUGUUUCAGUGGGUCUUGUUAGUGAAGUUGACCCAUCAACUGGAAUGAUUAAUGAUUAUCGCAUAUUGACAGAUAUUUUGGGCCUAGAAGAUCAUCUAGGCGACAUGGACUUCAAAAUUGCUGGGACAAGAAAAGGAAUAACUGCUAUUCAGUUGGAUAUCAAACCUGCUGGAAUUCCGUUGGAUAUCAUCUGUGAAAGUUUGGAUGUUGCGGUAAAGGGUCGUCUUCAAAUCCUUGACCAUAUGGAGCGUGAGAUAAAUGCACCGCGCACUCAAGAUGAUAGGAAUUCCCCACGAUUAGCUACACUGAAGUUCAGCAAUGAUUCCCUUCGGCGCUUGAUGGGCCCCCAAGGUGUUCAGAAGAGGAAAAUCGAACAAGAAACAGGUGCACGACUCACUGUGAGUGAUGGGGCACUUACUAUCCUUGCUAAGAAUCAAGAGAUAAUGGAAAAGGCACAGGGAAAGAUUGAUUUUAUUGUUGGUCGUGAGAUUGAAGUUGGGGGGAUUUAUAAAGGUGUUGUAGCAUCAAUCAAAGAAUAUGGGGCUUUUGUUGAAUUCAAUGGUGGUCAGCAAGGGCUGUUACAUAUCUCCGAGUUGUCUCAUGAUCAGGUCUCUCGAGUUUCUGAUGUAGUAUCUGUAGGCCAACAGCUUUCACUAAUGUGCAUUGGGCAGGAUGUACGGGGUAAUAUCAAACUCUCUCUUAAAGCAACUGUACCUCGUCCUGGAUCCAUGAAGAAUCCGGCUGAAGGAUGUUUUAAUUCUAUGAAACAACCAUGUAAUGAUUGUGCAUCUGUCGAGGAUGUGUCUAACUGCCAAGAAAAUCCUUACUCCAACCUGGAAGAAUUUUCAAUCAGCAAAGAUGACAGUGGUGAAACUUCUUUCACUUCUUCACAACCAUCAAUCCUUAUUCGAAGUGUUGCCGAGUGUGAUGAAGAGGAUAGAACUACAUGUUUUGGUCAGAAAGAUGCAAAGAAAAAUGGGAAUAAAUCUUCUAAACCAUUUCCAUCUCGUAGAAAUGGAGAAGGCCACAAUUUGCCUUUGUCUAGUAUUGACCUCUCAUCACAUAAAAAUGUUAUUGAUUCACAGUCUAUCACACAACAACAGAGAGAAAAUGAGUUUGGUUCAAUUGUUGGAAGAAAAGAUGAAAGUGAGGAUGGGUACAAGUCUGCACAUACACCUGCAGAAGAGGCUAUGAAUGUUAAAAAUGUUAAAAAUGCUGUAGGUGCAGCUGGUAUUAAUGCAAAAACAUUGAAGAUUGGAGACCAAUUGACUGCCAAGGUUUACCAGAUACGUACACAUGGGUUAGUCCUCGAGUUGGGUGGUGGACUUCGUGGGAUGUAUCGAUUUGAGACUAAUGGCAGGAGUGACUAUGAGGUUGGUGAUGAGUUGCGCGUUGAGUGCUCAAGUUUCUCUAGCAAAGGAAUUCCUGUGAUGUCUGUGUUGGAAGAUUAGUAAUGUGACAUCGCCAAUCACAGAGCGGUAUUGGGUAGAUGGCCAUUUCUGGAAACUUGAAAGAAAAUCAACAAUCAGCAGAGGAAGAUGCCAAUUUUUUUGCAUUCUAAGAUCUGAGAUUUUGCAGGACUUGGGCCAAGCUCAAUAUUGUUCAUGGUCAUAAUUAAACCUGACAGGUAAUGUAAAUGAACAAAAUCUUAUUUGCCGGCUUUCUAUUGGGGAUGAGUUUUCUGAUGGGGCAAUUUCCAGUUCCACCACAGAUGAUAUGACCGGGACCGGGCUUGGGUGGCACUGUUAUUUUCAGUUCCUAUUGAGGGUUCUGGGUGGGUUUGUUGAGAUCGUCAUGUGAUUUCAAUUCAUUGUACAUUUAUUUUUUAUAAGUUAAAUCAAUUACGGCUCAUUUUGAAUAGGUGUAUAUUGAUGAGUACAAUUUAUUGAUGCAUAUUGUGACUAGGUUUUUGUGGAGCU